AUGACUUUAUCCGAUGACGAUCCUGUUGUUGCCUCCUACGACGUCCUCCUCACUGACUCCGAUAUCUCUCGCUAUGUUUUCCAAUACGUUGAUCGAGAGCACGACCGUCCCUACAAUGACCAAGAAAACCAACGACCGAUUCAACUUCGACUUAAACCGCGCACCGGUCUAAUUGAAGUCGAAGUUCCCAUCAUUACCCGAGAAAACUACGACGUUAACAAGGGGAUGCGCUACGGGGAUGCGGUGAAGAAGAGCCGUUCCGCCCGCGACGGAGGCGCUUAUGGCAUGGCAGGUGGCUUCACUGCUGGUAGCGGGACUGCAGCUGCAGGGGGGAGAGUCAAGAUGGAAUCGAAUGGAGAUGUGGAGAUAGUGGAUAAUAAGAGGGCUGUGGAUUCUGCAUCAUUGAUGCGAGUGCAGUCACUCGGAGGUCGGAUAAAGCCCUCUGAAGAAGGCGACCCAGUUUACAUGCUGGCCACCUUCACGGAUAAAAACUUGCAUCUCUCACCCGUCACAUCAGUUGUCCAGUUCCAUCCUCAACUUCACCACCUGGAUGCUCUAGAUGAAAUCCCAAAAGCGAAAGGCUCGCGGGCUAAAAAGGACGACGAUGAACGCCCUGCCGAGAGUGAAGCACGUGCCAUUGAUAUUAAAGUCAAGGCCGCUGAAGAUGGCGAAGGGGCUGCAAAUGCCGGCAAUCUAGACCUUCUUAAACAAAUGCAAGACGAAAAAUGGAAAACAUACGGCUGGGUUGAUGCUGAGGCCGAGGAUUCUUGGUACACAUACGAGAGCUACAUGAUUCACAAGGAUACCGAAAAUCUCCCGACCUUAGAAUCAAACAUCGAGUCAGAAGCCUACCUCGAUAAAAUGAGCGCCCCUAGAAUUGAUCCUGCGCGCCCCGACAUGACUGGUUGGGCUAUGAAGGAAAAUCGCCGGAGACAAAGAGAGGCCCAAGCAGGUAAUGAGGCCGAAUAG